UCUGCUCUAUAAGAGAUGUUAUGCACGUCUGCGCAAAACAUCGUUACCAAAGUGUGAUGAUUUUCAAUGAAAACACCGUUGAAAUAAGAAGCAAAACUGUGUUAUUGCUUGAAAUUGAUCACAUUUUCCAAAAAUCACAGUUAUACUGAUAUGGCAAUAUCUUUUAGACUAAUAUUUUAAUUAAAUCAUAGAGUUGAUUCGGACUUACCCGAGAUCCGGAACUACCCGAUCGACUGCAACCAGGAAGAGACUGUAAAUAUUGCUAAAUUUAUGUAAAUUUUCACCCAUAAAGUAAUAAAAAGAAGGCUAACACGAUGUCUACUAGACAACAUAAAGAAAAUGAAAGAUCACAGUUAUUAUCCGACAACGAAAAUGAAGCUAUUUUCGGGGCUUUCGGACGGGGCUGUACGAGCCUUUCAACAGCUGUCGUUCAGCUGUACCUCGGUGACACGACCAACAAGCAGAAAUGGAACAAGAAUUGCUGUGGUGUCUUGUGCUUCGUGAAGGACAAUCCUCAACGAUCCUUCUUCAUCAGGCUGUUUGACCUAAAGGCACGUCAGGUGGUUUGGGAACAGGAGCUGUACAACCACUUUGCGUACAAGACCCCUCGAGACUACUUCCACACAUUUGAGGCACAUGACUGUCAGGCUGGUCUCAACUUUGCCAGUGAGAUGGAGGCGGCCCAUUUCAAGAAGAUGGUGGAUAGAAAGCUCAUGGAGCGGGACCAGAGACGCAUGGGUGAGGAGAACUAUUACAAUCAGUUGGAGCGACAAAAGCAUAGGCAGCAUGGUAACCGUGGAAACGCCGGUGGAAGUAACCAGCCUCCUGGCGCCAUUAAUGUUGGAUCUGGAGCGCCACCUGCAAAGGUCAACUUGACGGAAGUGAAGCCAAAUAACAAUGGGAAAAAUAUCCCAAAUAAUAAGAAAGAUAAGGGAGCCAAGGGAAAGAGAAAAAUCACAAAGGAAGAUAUCAGCACCCCUACUGACUUCAGACAUGUCAGCCAUGUUGGAUGGGACCCAAACACCGGUCUCGACAUGCAGAAGUUGGAUCCAGAGAUGAAGACGCUGUUUGAGCAGAUAGGAAUCGAGCAGUCACAAGUGGACGAGGAAACAAUUGACUUCAUCUACGACUUUGUUGAAAAGCAGGGCGGUAUUGAUGCACUGAGGAAAGAAAUGGCACAGCAAAAGUGUACCCCUCCACCUACACCCAGAAGGGUACCACAACAUGCAGGCCCUGAAGUGGCCCCACAACCCCUUCCGCCCCCCUCGGAUCGCCCCCAAAUGGCGCCCCAAACCCUAAGCCCAUCUGGAGCCAGAACGCCUUCCAUACUCAACAGGCACGGUGCGCCACUGCCUCCCACGAAAGUGCCCGCCGCUCCACCCCCGCCACCCCCAGAUCGCCAUGCAGCUCCUGCUCCAUCCCCUGGGGUGAAAGCACCACCGCCUGCACCGCCCUCUCCCCUUCCAAUAAAUGCCAUGCCAUCCAACCCAGGCCUGAGUGAGAAUCACAAGGGGGCGGCACUGAAGCCUGUGGAGCCUGGGGCAGGAGCAGGAGUGAAACAGGGAGGUUACGCCAUGGAAAACCUUCUGGGCUCCAUUAGGAAAGGAACUACGUUGAGACCAGUGAAGGUUGACAAUAGCCCACCUGCUGCUGCCGAGCCCAAGGGUGGGAUUGUUGGAGCCCUGGAGGCUGCCCUGGCAUGGAGGAAGAAUGUCAUGCAGGAUUCAGAUGACGAUGAUGAAGGCAGCGACGACAUUGAUGAUGAGGAGUGGUCAGACUAGAUAUGGAUAUGAAGACAUGGACUACCCAAUACUGCAUGUGCAAUUCUGAUAUCAAACUAUACAAAAUGUAAACAACAAAUAAUUUUCAAUGUGAAACUCAUUUCUUAACAGUGAACUGCAGACCUUUAUCUUUGUCUGGUAUUAAAUAGCAAAAACAACGUGUCUACUCGUAUUUAACAUGCUGUGUAUUUUUAACUUUGUCAUAAUGUCUUCUUCUUUGUGUAUAUUUUGUAGUCUUUCUAUAAAAUAAACAUAUUAUUCACAUUUAA